AUGCUCUUGCAAUUCCAUCACAUCCUGAUAUUGGCAAUCACAGCAGAAGGAAUGUUUUUGCCCCAUCAUGGAGGUGAUGAUCCACGUACUGCCAUCAGUUUCACUGCCCUUUUGAACGGAGAAGAAGCAGGUGAGGCUCUUGAUUUAUAUUUGGCAGAAUUUAUACUUGAGAUAGCUUACUCGAUGGACUCCAAUAUUGAUGGGACAGACCAUGCGACUUGGAAGCCUGAAGAAUCUUUUAUCGCACAGACCGACCAAGGGAGUAAAAAACCCUCGCCAACGGGAGAAGUUCUUAUUGGGGGAGAUAUUGUAAGGCCAAAGGGAUUGCAAGAACCUGACCCCAAGAGUCUCCUUUUCGCAGAAACUCCUCACACCGCUGGGGACAAUACACCCGAAACUAGUGCAACAAGAACGACAGUCAGCACAAAUCAUGAGUCUUCGCAAUCGGAAGAGAAUCGCGAUUCAUCAGGUGCAGAAGCCUCAUCUUUACAUGGAACAAGUAUAGAUGAUUAUGCAGCGCUCUCUGAGGAUGGAAAUGGUGAAAAUCAUGGCAAAUCUCAAAAAGAUACAAAUCUGGAAUACCUGCAAGAACCUUGGUCCUACGAACAUGAGUUGAUGCGUGACGGUGUAACAAGAGCUGGAUCUACUUUGCUGGAUAUUGAUUCAUUAAAAGAUUCAGAUACAAAUUCUCUACUAGCUAGUUGGUCAGGUUGGGAUAGAAGCCCGACCCAUGAUCAAGGAAAUGCCAGGGAAAGCGCUGGUCAGGAAAAUGUUUAUCAUAGGCCCUCAGCAUCACCAUCUCAAAGUCAUGAGGAUCCAAAAGGAAUGCAUGUGCAUAUAUCACCUAUACAGACCUCAAGCCCACAGCAGCAGACUCCUGAAAUCAGUAUUCUUGGACAUAAACGCCCUCUCAUGAAUGGAGUUUCCCGAGAAGAUAUACGUGAAGCAAAGCAGAUGAAGAAUUUUGAUCUUGGAUCAUUUCCAUUUGAUCUGACUGUGAGAGUCCCUUGA